AUGCUGAAGCUCAAAGCAAUGUGCGUCAUCGUGAACCCCGAGUUCCCGGAGGAGCGUCUAAGCUACAUUGCCAACCACACUCGGUGCAAAGCCAUUUUGACAGAUGAUUGCUUCGAGGAAAAGGCACGAAAGCUCGAGCUGCCCAUAAUUACUAUCCCAUCAUCGUGGCCAGAUGGCCCUGCGCCGGGGCUCGAAACUACUUCUGAACCAUCGAAUAUCCCCCAUACCGCUCGGGAUGGUACAGUCGUCACCUUCACCUCUGGAAAUAACGAGCUGGGCAAAUCACUGCGCGUCUUGCGUGCCAACUAUCUCAGCAUCACUUCAUCCCUCGUGAGCACGCUCGAGGAUGAAGAUUUGGAAUUCGUCUCUACCUUGAUUUUCGUUGGUGAGGCAACAAAUCCUGAAGCUGUUAUGCGACUGGACAAAAAUGGUCGUAAUGUCAUCGUGAACUACGGCUGCUCUGAAGCAAACACGAUUUUGGAAACCAACGUCCUGAUCAAAGGAAGAGAAUUGUUCUUCCUUGGGUCCAAUACCCCGGGUGCCAUUGGCGAGCUGAUUUCUGAAUCAUGCACCGCGCCCUCGGGAUUGAUGACAGAGGAUGGUUUGGGUGGUGAUUGUUUUAUUAGCCCUCCCAGUUGGAGAGCAAAUUAUCCAGCGUCUGAGUGGCACAAUGUUAAGGCUGCGGUCGACAGCCCUGUCCUCCAUAAAUCUUUCUUCGUGUCUGGAGGUUCUCAGUGGAACCCCGAAGGGAACGACGCAUGCCUUGAUACCGGGCAAUUAACCAAAAGCCUGCUAAGUACGAACGGAUAUGGUCAGUCAAAGCUUAUUGCGGAGCAGCUCGUUGCCAGAACGGCCCCCGCUACCCAAGACGAUACUUUGGGAUUUGCGACCUUGAAGCCUGGUCUGGUCAUUGGCAGUCAGAGCAACGGCGGGAUUGCCAACACAGACGACCUUCUCUGGAGACUGGUUAAAGCAUGUGUGUUGCUGGGUGCAUACUGCGAAGAAGGGAAUGGAUAG